CAAAAUUGGUUGAGUAAACAGGAAGUAAUUGGAAUGGGUGUCAAAGUUAUUUUAAGUUGAUCUUGUGUAUUUACAAUGAAAAAUCCAAUAAAUAAUGAGUUUUAUUUUAUUUAAAUUGAGUGUAGUUUGACACAUCUGAAAUGGCAGCAAAAAAGAAAGCAGACUUGAAAGUAAUAAUAAUGGGAGACUAUGCAGUGGGGAAAACAUCGUUCAUCUGCAGAUACAUUGAGGGCAAGUUUAAGACCCAGGAGCCAACAAUUGGAGCUGCUUUUUUCCUAAAACAGUGGGGACCGUAUAAUAUUGCAGUGUGGGACACUGCAGGGGAUGAACGUUACACAGGACUUUCAAACUUCUACUGCCGGAAUGCCGGAGUUGCCAUUUUGGCAUUCGAUAUCAACAAUGUGAAAACAUUUGAAUCAUUGUGGGCUCGCUUCACGCCUCUUCUUGAAUCAGCCAAUAAGGACUGUCUUGUGGUCAUCGUAGGAACCAAGCUGGAUUUGGUUACUCCCGAAAGUCGUGAGAUUUUAGUGGAAGAAGGCAAGAAGUUGUCCAUGGAACUGAACGAACAUAUCGACACUAGUACACUUUCCAGGCCACCUUAUUUUGAGACAUCAAGCCUGAAUGGUCACAAUGUUAAAGAUGUUUUUGAAUUUGUUUUUCAGCACUGUUUACCGCUUUCCGAUUCCCAAAGAAAAAAUCAGCACGUGUCAAAUACUGUUGAUUUGUAUGAAUCGACUAAGACAAAUAGUUCUAAGAAGAAGUGUUGUUGAAGUUGUAUCAACUCAUUGCUACUCAUGUGAAAUGAUUGUGCACUUUCCAAAUAAUCUGUAAUAAAUAAUUUUAUUAUA